GCCGAAAUUUCCAUCACCUUCCCUGAUUCGUAACGCUAGAAUUUCUUGACUGCGAUUGCGACUGCGAUCCAUUUUUCUACUAUAAUUCUCCUUUCUUUCGAUGAUUUUUCUGUUUUACCAAGCACAUACUCACGCAGACUUGCCCAUCAAUCCAUUGGAAUCGAAGAUUGUAAACAUCAUCUCAUAUAAAUCUCGAUUUUGUUACAUUUUCCUGCACCUUUGUCGCUGUGGAUAUAGUGUAAUCGCCAGUGGUUUUGAGUUUUAAAGUGUUGUGGAAAAAUGAAGUCGUCACUGGAGAAGUUUGGGCGCAAAUUAACUAUGCACAAGAACGAUGGGAAGGAGAAGAGGGAUCAUCAGCCUUCCGCCCUAUUAGACGACGUUGUUCAGGCUUCCAAGGAUAUGCAAGAUAUUAGAAACUGCUAUGAUGGCUUAAUAUCUGCUGCUGCUGCAAUGACUAAUAGUAUAUUCGAAUUUUCAGAGUCACUACAUGAAAUGGGGACAUGUUUGCUGGAUAAAACUACAUCUGAUGCUGAUGGUGAAAGCGGAAGGGUAUUAUCAACUUUAGGAAAUAUACAAUCAGAACUCCAAAAAAUUUCUGAUAUUUAUCGUUCGUACGUGAUAGUGACAAUUACAAAUCCAUCAGAGUCUCUGCUCUCUGAGCUGCGGAAAGUGGAGGAGAUGAAACUUCAAUGUGAUGAAAAAAGAGAGGCAUACGAAUACAUGGUUUCACAAAACAAAGAGAAGGGGAAGUUGAGAAGUGGAAAGGCCGAGAUUGCUCACAAACUAGAAGAAGCUCAAGAUGAAUAUAACACACUGGCUAGACUAUGUGCAUUCAGGGUAAAAUCACUCAAGGAGGGGCAAUGUCGUAGUCUUUUGACACAGGCUACUCGCCAUCAUGCAGCACAGUUGGAUUUCUUCCGCAAGGGAUUUAAAGUUCUUGAAGCAGUUGACCCUGUCAUAAGAAUUGUUGCAGAGAAGCACCGGAUUGAAUACCAACUCAGUAAACUUGACAAUGGGAAUGCUGGGCAGAGUGAAGGAAUAAACAUCUAUGACAGCAUCGAUGAAGCGGGGUUGAGUUUUGACUAUGGCCAAAAGAAGCAAGGGCUUGAUAAUUUUGGCACAUUAUCAAAUCAAAUGGAGGUAGACCCACUAGAUAUACCAGAUUCUGAAGUCCCUAAGUUGGAAGAUCGAGAGAUAAAUCAUUAUAAACAUCAAAGGGAGCAGGUUUUUGGUAGGCAAACUCAAAAUCCUACCAGUUAUUCUGCACCAUUAUACCCAGACUUCGUUGACUCAUCUGAAAGGCCUAGGGAAACACGGCGGAAAGUUUAUUCUUACGUGCUACCCCCUCCGGUCGAUACCAAAAGUCCAGUCUCAAGAACACCUACAUCUGUUACUCAGACCAAUCCAUUCCAUAAUAUACAGCCACCGUUACCGGUGGACCAUGAGAAACAAGAAAGAGAUUUUGGUAACAAUAACACCUCGACACCCACUUCUACCUCAAAGCCCCGAUCUUCAAUAAAGAACAGUAAUGGCAUCAAUCCAUCCAUCCAGUUACCUUCUCCUUCUGGCGAAAGAUUUCGUAGGGAUACCCAUAGUGCAUUUGAUAGUAAAGUAGACAAAAGACAAGCUUACUCGGGUCCAUUGCCGCCAACUAAGCCGUUCUCCGGUAAGAUUGCACCCACUAACGGUCCGGUUUCGUCUACGGAACUUCCUCUGAUGCGUCGUAGCGUUUCACCUCAGCCUCUAUCGUCACCCAAGAUAAAUGAGCUUCAUGAACUUCCUAGGCCUCCCAGUAGUUUAUCCUUCUCCAAGCCAGGUGUUUCUCCUGGUGGUGCCUCAGCCCCUUCUUUUUUCAAGAAUCAAGACAUAAAUAAAACCCCUUCUGCUGCUGCUGCUGCUGCAUCUCCUCUUCCACCUCCUCCUUUGGUUGUUCCUAGAAGUUUUUCCAUACAUUCUAGCAACCCGAGUGCCAUGGUUCCAAAACGUAUCGAGUCCCCGCAAAUUACAGUUGGCAAACGAGAGGAAGUAUCUUCUCCUCCGCUCUCACCCAUUUUGCUUUCAAACAGGAAGUCUACAGGCCACAUCUAAGGUGGAAGCUGAAUUGUGUUGAAGUUGAACAUAUUUUUAGGUUGAAUGGUCAAUUUAUACAGUUUCUUCUUUGUGUUGGUUUUGGGCGGACAAGUUUGUAAAUAUAAUGACAUCUUUUGCGGUUGUCUUGGUUAAUACAACAUCAUAGAUAUUUUUGCAUUUUCUUUCUUGUAAACAUACAGUUUUUAGUGUCAUCAGGUCAUUUGGUGUG